UAACAUCUGCACAAUACAUUCAGUGGAGUUACUUUUAAGUCGCCAUCAAGAAUGAAGUUACUGCUUGUAGGAGCGAUUGCCGUGCUGAGCGUAGCCUCAUUGGUCUCAGCGAACUAUAUGAUGCCGAUGCAUUAUGGUAAACAAUACGGCGUUGGCGGUUACGGCGGUGGUUUCGGCCGCGGCGGUGGGGGAAGUUUUGGUUUCGGCUCCGGAGGCUCGGGUGGCGGAUUUGGCGGUCUUUUUGAAAUGAUCAUCUUCUUAUUUGUAUUCAUCCUGCUAAUCCAAAUCCUGUUUGGCGGUGGAGGACUCGGUGGAGGACUUGGUGGUGGACGCGUCGGGGGCGGCGGUGGAGGCGGUGGGGCCGACUAUUAAAUUCUAAAACGCUUGCAGAAUCCAGAUUAGAUAACUACGAACGAAUACCGACAAUCGAGACUGCUGGACAACGUGAAUACUGACAAUCGUUUUGACGUCUGUUGUUUCCUACUGUUGCCAUUUUCAUUUAAUAAAUAUUAACCGUAGCAACUACAA